AGACAUAUCUUGUAGGUCAGUGUAAGCGGGAUUAUUAAGUCAAAUUUAUGGCGCGGGUCUGACAUUUUCUUAUGGCUAGUGGUUCACGAGAGUUGCUUAGACUGUUUGCGGCAACAGUAAAUCCACCACCCUUCAUAUAAUAUAUUUUCAGAUACAAGAUGCAAGUACUUUAGCUGGUGAGAUGCGAUUUAUUGAUCUCAACUCUGCUUUCAAAAUGACUUGUGAGCUUCAGCAGCGUGUCGUCGACCUUAUUUACUCACAUAAAAAGCACUUAAGAACCCUAGAGGCCAUUGUCCGAAUCAAACAAGAAGGUAAAAUUUUCUUUAAGGACUGCUUAGCUCAUUGCUUCUAGACACAAGUUCAAAUCUAAAUGGAGAGUUUCAAUGUCAGCAACAAACUCGUGACGAGAGUGAGACUGAUGAACAAGUAGAUCAUGGUAGGUGUCUGUCCAUUAUCGUGAGUAGUUUUUUAGUUGGUAGGUGCUUUCAAAUAUUAGUAAGGCUAUAGUUGUUAGAAUACUCAGUGGGACUAUAUUCCCUUGGUAGUGGAUAACCAUGACUGCAUCAAAACAAGGGGUGUCAGCAUGUUCGAUAAGUACUUGAAAAUAAAUAUCAGGUUCUGGAAAACACUACAGGAACUCAUAUAGGUAAUUUGGCAUUGAAUGAGGUGUGACUCCCGGCGACUCUACUCACAUACGCAAAUAUAAAAAGUAUAAACUAUCGAAAAAUCCGUCUACUUUUCAAGUCAGUCAUUUGAAAACGAAGAGCAUUCUAAUCUCUGUUGUAUUUAUGGUUUACUGAUAAGUACAAUACAAGAUGCGAGUGCUAGGUUUAAACGUCAUAAGACUUGUUCCUGUUAAGUAUAGGAUUCCUUAGUUUGUUAUAUUAGUGCAAUCUUAAAAAUAUAUCAUGCUCCACUCACUAAGAGCAUUGUUGACAAAGAACAAAUAUGUCCACUCAAUUAGCAAUUAAAUACGAGUGUAAACCAAAAUAAGCUUUAAAUGUACUAUUUUAUUUCAUAGUGCUUAAAUCAGCCUGUGUUCAUGCCGAAUAGGCUGGCCUGGCAAGACAAAUAUUGAGUUAAGUCCAGCUUAAAAAGUUAUAUAAGACCAGAGAACUUGAGGGUUAAACGAAGUAGAUAUAUGGGGUUUGUGUUUUUUUCAUUACCAAGGAUUUCUUGAUCCAUUCUUCUAAUAAGUCAAUCACUUAAUUUCUCUUUAUCCUUAUAAAAUCACAUUUAAAUUGAAGACAACCUGCAAAGGCGGUUUAGUCUUCGGUCAGUGACGGUCUUGAAUUUCACAAUCAGUUUUCUCAGUCAAUCAGUCAUAUGUGUAUCGGAUCAAGUUGUCUUACCAAGGGUAGUACGAAAGGGUUGGGUAUAGAAACAUAGAAAAGCUGUAGGGAAAUUCCUUUGCUAAGGUUUUACAUGUAGACAAAAAGCGGGUGCACAUGCGUAACUAUGAAGGAUUCUGGAGCGUUUCACCCGAAGUCUCUAACCGUUGGUUACAAUUAUCACGUGGGCUUCAACCAGGGUGUCUACACCUAUUAACAUAACCCAGUUAGUUUGUCGGUGACUUCAAAAACUGAGGUGGUUGUGGCAUGUGUCGCGCAUGCAUUACAACAUGAUGCACAAAACCAAGUCUCGAAAGGCACCUAUACGCUUUCCAAUCAUCGGUAUAGAUCGUGGUGCCAGGCUGAACGUACUCCUUGAUGAUUGGUAUUAUUGUCGUUACCUGACGGUUUCUCACUCUUUUAAAAUGUCCCUUUUGAGUUGAACAACCGUAAAAUCCAAGUACCUGUCAAGUAUAUUCACGGAAGUGUUGCUUACCCAAUCUUCCUUGAUAAAGCGUCCUUUGUUCUAUUUUCGCUUUCUAACUACUGUCUCAUCUAUUUGCACUAUCUUUCCAACUCCUCCAAAUGAUUGAUGUACUCCUGUCAUUUUCAUUGCGCAUAUAUCACGGCAAUAUUCUUACCACUGAACGGCGGAAGUUUCCGUAACAUCUGCAAAAGCUGCAGCUAAUGUUACUGGAGACUAUGAUCCAAUUUGCAACAAUUAUAAUUUGUCUUAGCCUGAGCCGUGACCGGGCAAAGAAAGUGCCAGUUCGAGCAGAUUUUUUUCUCCAACAUAUGGUACAACGAAAUAUAAUGUCAUCACGGUAGUCCGCACAUCGUGCUGCAGUCAUUUGAUUGCCGCAGUCAAAGAUACAGGAACUUCUUAAUAGUCCCAUUUGUUGUAGUCGCUCAACAAUCCCCUUUUCUCUAAAAUCUACUGUAAAACGAUCGAAUGUGAGCAUCUCGCAUUGAACUUAGUGCCGUGACCUUAAACUUCCUCAAACGCUUCUGGCUGGCUCGUCCAUAAAUUAGAGUCCUACCGAAAAAUCUAGUGACACCACGAUCAGUGGUGUUCGAGUAGAGAGCUUAUACACAGUUAAUGUACUUCUUUGGUGGGCCUUUUAAUAAUACACCAUUUCAAAACCUCACAAUUAAUAAUCAAAUAUUGCCUUAAGGUCAAGAAUAACAAUUAUAAUCAGACAUCAGGAAGUAUGUCUGUUCCAGAGCCUGAUGAAUAGUGAACAUUUGGUCUAUACAUCCGCGUCCAGGUCCGAAACCAGCAUGGUUUUCCGAAGUUCGCUAUUCACAUACCCUGGUUAACCUAAUAUUUCGGACACCAUAUUCGUCGAGUUGACUUCUCUGCAAUUGUCACACGAAGAUUUACUUCCUUUCUCACAAAUUAGAAUGAGCAUCAAUUAAGACCAGUCGGGUGGGAUUGUGUCCAGUUCCAUGACUGUAGACAAAGUAUAAGUCAAGCUCACUACUGAAACUGUACCGCCACCCGUUAGUUUUUAAAUCCUUUUAUGAGAAACGAGGUACUUAUGUAGAAAUGGGUUAAUACUCGUAUAAAUGCUUUUGCUUUGCAAUGAACAUUGUAAUACAAAAACUUAAACUAAAUACUGACGUACAAACAGAUUGAGUAAAAUUAUAUUUAAUCAGGCAUUGUAUUGACUACAAGUGGUCAUGUAGUAUGAAACAUCGACUCAAGUGCUUUUAGAGUACCGACUUGUUAACCUGACACACUGAUUCUUGGUCUCACGAGGUCAUACCAUGAACAUUUCUGUUCGUCAGAUAAACUAGAUGAAAGGCGCCAAAACCACACGCGCAGCUGCCAAUUCACCAAAAUUGAUGUUUUACUGUAGUCAAUACGAAUAUGAAUACUACUGGAUCUCAACAUAACCAACAGUGUUACCACCAAAUGUGGGCGAUCAUUUGGUGAAUACCCUAAGCUUAGAGGUUUGGCUUCAGAAAUAAAUAACACGGAUGCUAGCACUUCAUUGUACAUCCGGCUAUAUCUAUUCAGAGGGCAACGCAAUGUAUGGAAAGAUACGUGGUGUAAUAACCAGAAUUAGGACUAAAGAUUCCAUAACUGUACAGCAAUUAUGUGCAUCCCUACCGUAGUUUAACGUGUUUAGGUGAGAACUAUGCUUUCGAUUCCAAUCACAACAACACAGAUACAAAGUAUGAAGUAAAUUACUUAAGGUUUCGGUCUUGGUAGUUUUUUGGCCUUCGGUGUGUCGUUUUAUAGAUUGCAAGACUGAUAAUCUAAUGUCACUUUAUUCUUUUGCAAUAAAGUUUUCAUACCAAUUUGCAUCCACUUUAUGCAGUGACCGUAUUGUUUUUUACAGAAAGUACUGUACCAGUCAACAAUGAUGAAUUGCCAAGCAAUAACAGUCAAGAGGAUCAACCGAUGUGUAACACGGAGAACACAAACAAAGAAGCUACAAAUAAAGUAUCUGCUAACAAUCAGACAAAUAUUAUUUCUGAUGCCCUCACAACAAACUCCAUUAAAGAUGUAUGCGGAGCAACAAAUGAUAAACAUAGACUAGUCUCUAUAGAUUCACUAUAUCACGAUAUGUUGCCUGGUGCUUUUGAUAAUAGUUCAACUAAUGAAAAUGUGCAGUGUCAUGCUUGUCAGUUAAGAAAUCAAGUACAAAAUGGAAUGACCAUUAACAUGGUUUGUGCAGCAUGUCCUGGUUUUCCUCGUCUUUGUUCAGCACAAUGCUUCCGUUGGUGGCACAGCGUUCACUUAUUGACACCAGUUAAUAAGGAGUCCAAGUCUAUAGAAGAAGAUAAAACUUCUACAAUAGAAAACCUAUCAAGAAGUUUAAGUCCCUCUGAAUUCCAACAAUCAAGAAGAACUAAAGAAUACAAAGCUCAUACAAGAUCACUUCCUUUACUUUCCGCAUCAGGUGAUCUUAAACCGGAUGGACGAAAAAGAAAACGUAAAUCUCAUAGGUUUACACAUGUAAAACGACAUCCUCCUCAAGGUACUUCAUUUUGGGUUAAACAAUCUAAUAAUAUUAAUUCUAUCACUGUACAACCUAAAGCUGGUCGCCCACGAAAAACACAAGUUUACAUGAAUAUUAAAGAUCCAGAAUGGACACCUUAUAGAAAAUAUUGAUCAUUACUAAACUAGAUACAAAUUAAAGAAAUGAAAAUAUACACAAUAUUUUUCUUCAAUAUAUUUAUAUACAAAUAUGAUUACACUUUAUUUUUCAGCUUUUGACAAAUCUCUUCUUCUUAUUCUUAUUAUUAUUAUAAAAUAUAUAGAUCAGUGUCAUUUGAAAUGUGUUAUACUUGAAAGAAAUUCUCAUUAACAAUAUAACGAAUACAUUGCAUAAGUUGAUUACGUUCUUUUCGAAUAUCUUCAGCUAAUAACUAAAUCAGUGUAAUUGUGAAAAAAAUAUCAAAAUAAUAAUUAUUAUCAUUUAAGAAGUGA